AUGGAGUUUCAAUUUGAUUGUGAAAAGGCACUAAAGGCACUAGACAUGAAUUCAACAAACAGCCCAGAUGGAAUAAGAAUUCUAGACUCUAGUCACUUUUAAAAGCUAUCUCAUCCUCUUUAUUCCUCGCAAGUCUCGUUUAAGCAAAACAAUAUGGCUACUAUUCUCGAUAGAAUGGGAGAGGCUAGCUCUAAGGCUUAAGGUCUUGGAGCAGUCAUCACUACAGCUUAAAAGUUUUUCUCAGCAGAAGGCUAGAAACUUUACCUGAAAGUUGAUAAUAAUCAAGUUUAGGGUUUGUUGAAGGUAGGAGUGAAGAAUCUGUUUAUUCGAAGUGCUCUUGGAUCUUACCAAGAAAUCAAGCCUAUGUGUGUUUUAGAUUUCUAUGUACAUGAGUCCUGCUAGAGAUUAGGAAUAGGAAAAGAAUUGUUUGAGAAAAUGCUUGAAAAUGAGAGUAAGCAAGCAAAGGAUCUUGGAUAUGAUAGACCAAGUCCAAAACUCUUAGGAUUCUUGAAGAAGUACUACAACUUGAGGAACUAUUGUCCUCAAACAAACAACUUUGUUGUUUAUGAUGACUACUUCAAGACCACAGCAACUUAGCAAUAAUAGUAAUCCUCGAGAGGAAACUAAGAUACUAGACAGGACAGAAGAAAUAAAGAUAACAAUGUGAUUAGUAAUUAAAAAGAGAACAAUAGUGAAGAUCUAGCAGCUAAAUGGGAACAGAUGUAUUAGUCCAAAAAUAAAUCAAAAGGCCAAAUUGAAAACUAAAGUCCUUAACAACUUAAUAAGAGAUAAAGCAACUUUGGAGGUUUAAAUCCUGAAGAGGAAGUCAAAUCUGCCAGAGAUAGUAAUGAUUUUUCGAAGACAUCGUCUGCAUGGGGAAAUAACGUGAGGUCAUCACCCUAGAAAAAAGAGAACUAUUCAUUACCAAAGAAGAGUCAGUUUGCUGAAACUCAAUAAAACGAAUAAAUCAGACCUUAAACUUCUAAAAAUAAUGGUAUAUCCUGGUAAAACUAAUAAUAUGAGAACAAAUAGAAUAUUGCUUAAUAUCCAAGCAGAUAAAAUGCAAGAUAACAUGUCAAUUAAUCUUCAUACACUUCUUCAUCUUCAAGCUACGGUGGCUUCUUGUUCAGCUGA